AUGGAAACCUCGAGGAAAAUAAUCAGAAGCAAUUUGGAAAGGAUCUGUAAAAGAAAUGGACUUGUUGUUUCUGCAAAAAAGAUUAAACUAUUUCAAACCAAGAUCCGAUUCCUUGGUUAUGACAUCUUUGAAGGCAAAAUCAGGCCCAUCCAAAGAGCCAUUGAAUUUGCUGACAAAUUUCCUGAUGUCAUCCUUGACAAGAACCAACUUCAAAGAUUUCUUGGUUCAUUGAAUUAUAUUUCAGAUUUCUACAAGGAUAUGAGAAAACAAUGUCGCCCUCUUUUUGCGAGAUUGCGCUCCAAUCCUUCUCCGUGGACUGAUGUUCACACCAAAGUUGUUAAACAAAUCAAGACACAUGUCAAAACUCUUCCGUGUCUUGGAAUUCCUACUUCAAAUAGCUUCAAGAUUAUCGAAACUGACGCAUCUGACACAGGCUAUGGCGGCAUCCUGAAACAAAUUGUUUCACCAGGCUCCUCUGAACAGAUUGUUCGCUUCUAUUCUGGAACCUAG